CGAGGAGCUGAGGAGAGACAAGGGAGGAGAUUUCGGGCCUUGUUUCAUAGCAGUAAUGCCCGGGAGUUAUUAUGGGAGGUUGUUUCCGGCUCAUUCUCUUCAUUUCAUACAUUCUUCAUAUAGUGUCCACUGGCGCUCUCAGGCGCCCGCCGACCUUGUUAGUGAGUUUGGAUCGCCCUUAAACAAAGGCCAUAUUUAUCUGGCAAGGACAACCCCCAAGAGCGUGCACGAGGCAUACUUGGACCUUUUCAAGAGGGACAUGACUUUGUUCCUAAAGUCUCGUUCGGAAGAGUUAAUCCUUGGAGGUCGUAUGAUGUUCACAAUGAUCGGCAGAGAUGCAAGUGUCAAUUUGUCCGAGGAUCAAGUCUCUAAUAUAUAUGAACUGCUGGGAAUGACAAUAAGCGAUAUGGUCCAAGACGUUUUACUCUCUACAAUCUCCGUGUGCUUCCGUGAUAAUGCGUGCCUAUUGAAUGCAUCGUGUGAAUUAUUUCGCAUAAGACUUUCUUUGUUUGAUUAGUGUGGCCCAAAUGACUCUCUGCUUCAAAUAAUUGCCGGUAAAAAGAAAAGGGCCACUCCUCAUGAGGUUUGUUAUAUUGACACCCCAAUUUCCACAGGAUAAGGGUAGUAUAGUAUAAAUAGUUUUUUUUAGUUCUGUCUGCUGUUCUGGAUUAAUUGUUUUAUGUGCAGCGAUCCGAUUUAUCGUCGCUUUCUUCUCACCAACAAUUUGUUGGUUUUGUGUUUAAAGGGCCUAAUCGAAGAGGAAAAACUGGAUGAUUGCAACAUGCCCAUUUACCUACCCACUCCUGAAGAAGUUAGGCAUGUGAUUCAAAAGGAGGGCUCAUUUCACAUCACCAGAUUCGAAACAUUUAAAGUCACUUGGGACGCCGAAAUGGGCGAUGACGAUUUACAAAUGAGAGGCAAAUAUGCGGCAGCAACCAUUAGAGCGGUCUUCGAGUCCAUCCUGACAACACAUUUCGGAGAAGAAAUCAUGGAUGGCUUGUUUGAGAAGUUUGCUAGCAAAGUUUCACAGUACAUGAAACUACAUGAAGGAGAAUAUUUCAACAUCCUAGUUUCAGUAAAGAACGGAUGAAUAUCAGCCCUCAUGCAAUCCAGCUUUUAGCCCUUAGCUCGAGGGAAAACAAUGUUAAACAUAAGUAGAGAUGUGUGUCAUGGAAUAAGCGAACCUUUCUUGGGUGAGCGCACGAAACAUCUUUGAGUUGUUAUCAAACUUCGGAAAUCA